AUGGAAGAAUCAUUCAUUAAGAGUAACCAGUCAGUUAUACCACUGAAUAUUCAGAAUGAAAAUGUUUCACAGGAUAUUCAACUGAUAUUAGAGUGGAGUUUACGGAAUCUCUCCACGACGAAUACAUCUAGACAAAUUUAUUAUUUCUUCAAUAAUUAUGUGAACACCUUACUAAAAAAUCCAUACAAACGGGUACUACUCGCACUGUACAUAUUAAUACUAGUAUUUGGCACAUUUAUUAACUUAUUGUUGAUACAUACAAUACACAAAUCGCGUAAUCCUAAGUCGUUAGCCAACAGAAGAAUGUUAGUAAUACGCGUUUUGUGUGAUUUAGCAUUAGCAUGGUUUGGUGUACCGUAUACAGCGUAUACAGCAGUCUAUAAAAAUUGGUUAUUGGGCAAUGCUAUGUGUAAAAUCUCUGCAUUCCUCAUCUACUUCAUUGUUGCAUUAAACAAUUUUCUACUUGUUGCCAUUUGUUUAAAUCGUAGUGUUGGUAUUAGUCAAAUGGUAAACAUUUAA